GAAAGUGGCAUCGUGCAUUCAUGUGUAUGCCACUUUGGUACGUAGCACCUACCUACUGAUCACUGCAGAUCACACAGAAAUAGCGUUUGGCUGCAUGAGAAGCCUACACAGUGUUAGGCGGGUGCUUUUAAUGUGGCUGACCGGUGUAUGUGAAGCCUUUAGUCAAACAGUGCUACGCAUUAUAAUAACGUAUGUGAUCGGUAUAUUAACGUGAGAUUCCGGGCCUUCCUGAGGGCGUACGACAAGGUAAGCGUGUUAGAUUAAUUGCAUGACCGUGGGCCAGUUUGCCGAGGCGUCCUUUGUCACGAGGUUCAUAUUUCACCUCUUUUAAACCUGUCGGCCACCGAAGCUCUUGGAAUUGUGUGACACAAAAAUGCAAGAGUCGGUAGUUAGUUGGGGCCUCAGCAUGUCUCAUGUUAUAUUUCUCAUGUCUCGCUGUAUCCGUUUGCAAAUGAUUUAUUUCACUGGAGGUCCAUCCUGAAAUCGCAGCGCCUCCACGUGGUUAUCUGCCGGAAAGGGAUCGUCGCGUUAGCAAAGAUUAAAGACUUUUUGACUCUCCUAAGACCUUAAACUCACAAGCAAUAUAAAUUAAAAAUGACAAAAUCGAUAAAUAAUCAAACUAAGAAAUUAAAUACAAACAGUCAUUUUCUCUUUACUUAUUUCAUUUACCAGUGGUUGAAACUUAUGUGCAUUUGUAGACAGAUCAGUCCGCAUCAUUUAUUUAUUUAUUAGUAUUAACCGUGUUUAACGAAAAUGUAAACAGUUUCACUAAUACGCAAGAGCGUUGUAGAGUAAACAAAUCGGCUUUUGUGAACGGUAGAUGUUGUCCAGAUGGGACUUUUAUUUUGAAAACCGUCUUUCUGAUUCGAAAUUUCCUGUUAACUUUUCUUACUUCAUUUCAUUCUACGGUUUUUAGCUGUAAUUGUUUUCAAACACACGGAACACGACAGAAACUACAUAGUAGGAAUGACCGAGAUUAGACGCAUAAAGACAGCAGGCUUGUGUAAGCGAGGUCGGCGCGGGGGCUUUAGUUCGGCGUUUUCGCUCGCGCAGUAAUGUGGAUGGAGCUGGAUUGAUCACCAGACAUAAAUGCGAUAAGUUCGUGUGCUUUUUUAGGAUCAUUGAUUUCCCCUCGCCAAACCGCUCAACUGUAGUGAAGUCAUGGAUGUGGAUGUGGUGAGUUUUCGUUUGCCUGGGCACGGAGACACCGCCCUGAGUAACAUGAACUUCCUGCGGACGCAGCAGCACUUCUGUGAUGUCACCAUUGUGGCGGGAGGCCGGCGCAUGUUCAGGGGUCACAAGGUCGUGCUGGCCGCUUGCUCUGCCUUUCUCAGGGACCAGUUUCUCCUGAACCCCUCAUCGGAGCUACAGGUGUCAAUGUUGCACAGCUCAGCGGUGGUAUGUGAGCUCCUCCAGUCCUGUUAUACAGGGAUGCUGCAGUUCAGUGCCAAAGAGAUUGUCAACUACCUGACUGCAGCCAGCUACCUGCAGAUGGAGCAUGUGGUGGAGAAGUGCAGAGGAGCCCUGAGCCAGUACAUGCAGCCCCGGAGUCGCAGCCCCAUUACUGUGAAAUCAGAAGACCCUCAGUCUAUGCCAGUGAUUGUCAGUGGAAGUACCCAUUCAUUGGGAUCCAUUUCAUCCCCUUCUGAUACUGCGUCACUGCAUCCUCACAGUUCAGGGAAGGAGCUCCAGGCUACCGAUGCCGAACUCUCCAACUUCCCUCACAAAGAUGACAGUGAUUUGACAAUACACCAUGUUAAAGGAUCGGAUGCAUCUGGUCAUUUCGAGGGAGAGGACGGGCCUGAGAGUGAUGUCUUUCAGGUGCAGAUCAACGAUGAACAUCAGGACCAAGAGAAGCUCUCUGGUGCUGAGGAGGAAGACAGAGAAGCUGUUGUUGUGUUGGAUGACCACAGUCAGCUGGACGCAGGAAUAGAGGAGGCCAAUAUGGAUGGUCGAGCCAAAAGCAAUGGCUUCAGAGGGACGGGUCGCAUGUGGAGACGACGGCACGGAGAGUCGAGGGGAGGCAGAGGAAGAGGCUUUAAACACCGGAAACGAUACACUUUCAAGGAUCGUAAGCUUUUGGGUAACUAUCAGGAGGCUUGGCGCUUCCCAACCCCUGAUGAGAUCAUGGGCAAUUUUGGAGCAGACUUUGGAGCCGAUUACCUGUCUAAUCAGCAUCUCGCAGACGGUACCGUCCGCAUUGAGUACAGGCCUGGAGAGGGACAAGGAGAAGAGAUUGGCUCCGAUGGAGGUCCUGCACACUUUGGUGUGGGAGCUUCCAGCGGGGAAGAUGGAAUGGGAGUCGGGACACAUACAAAUGAACACGGAGCUGCUGACGAGUCCGUGGCGGUGGUGGGAUCCACGUCCUGCGUAGCGGGACCAGUAGUGUGCGAGCAGUGCGGACUAGCAUUUUCCUCAACACAGGACUUAGCCAUGCAUUCCCUGUCAACACACCGGCUGUAUGUGUGUCCGUGCUGCGGGAAGCACUUCAGCCACUCCAGUAACCUCAACCGUCACAUGAUCGUCCACCGCGGAGUAUCCAAGCUCCACUGCUGCCCCCUGUGCCACAAGACCUUCACUCAGAAGUCAACACUGUGCGACCACAUGAACCUGCAUAGUGGAGAGCGCCCACAUGUGUGCGCAUACUGCCACGUCAGCUUUGCCCACAAGCCUGCUUUACGCCGCCAUCUGAAGGAGCAACACGGAAGAACCACGGCCCAAAAUUAUCUGGAAAUGCAGCGAAAUAACGAGGGCGGUGCUGGGGAAGGGGUGUAGAUCACAUUUCACAUGCGUUAAUUAAAUCAGAAUGAACCCUAUUUACUUUAUUAAUACACAUUUCUAGGUUUAUUGUGCACAGUAUCAAUGCACAUUAGGUGAAAAUGUACGUCUCUGUAAUCAGUAUGUAAUAACCGUAUCGUCGCUUCAAAAUGAUUCAGAUUUGUCAUUGUGCAGGCCGAACGCUGCUAAAGCAGUUUGAGCCUGGAGAGAAUGAAUGACUCCACACUCCCAUAGCAACAUCCAAUAAGGGAAAUUAUAUAAUUUACUCACCCUUGUGUCAUUUCAAACUUCUGACUUUUUUUCUGUGAAAUGCAAAACAAGACAUGAAGAGGUCGUUUGUAAAAAAACGGAAAAGAUACCAGUUUAAAAAAACUGAACGGCUUGCAUUAUUCACCAGUUACAGUACAGUCUGAACCCGAAACACGUUUUGUCAAAAAAAAGCCGGUAUUGCGAGUUCAUGUUUUACUGCAGAAGCCAACAAGUGCCUUUUGUUGUUUUUUUAACAGAAGCCGAGAAGUCCAUUUUAGCGAAUGUAUUCAGGUCAGGUGACCAGGGAUCUAUCACUUUAAAAAGAUAUGCUAGCCGGAAGGAGCUUCGUCAAUACCGACUAAAAGUAAACGAGAAUGGAUAACGUUAAUAAACCGUUAUGACUUUUUAAAGUCUGUGUGAAAUCAAAACUGGCCAUAUUUAUUAGCUAGCGCACAUUGCUGUUUUCUUUGUAAACGAUGUAUCUGUGCAGGUCAAUCCACAAAGAAAAGUUUGUUUGCCUUCGUAAUUAAUCUAAAUUUAAACACCUCAUAGUAAGGAUGUAAAAUGGAUCGCAAAUUUAAAAUAAAAGCUGAAACUGCGGCAGUGGUGAGGAAAUGGCUGUUCCCCGAACUACACGUAAUCCCAAGUAAACAGUCUUUAAAAAAAACUUCAGUCUGUGAUACAACGUUUGUCAGGCAUCUACAUUGUUAUCCGAGGAGAUUACAAAGAUUAAACAAGUAUUUUUGGUCAACUGGCUUUUGCCAAAAACAGCUGUAGGAGUCAUCUGCCUUUGCUAUAAAACAAACUUUAAUUUUGUGAGUUAUUUGUAUUUGUUUGAGUUAUUAUUAAUAAUCAAAACAACCCAACUGCAGUUUGAUAGAUAUGACUUGGAAUGCUUGUUUGAAUUUUUCAAGUGUGUAUGCUCUUCAUCUGGCUCAGCCGGUAUAGAUGUGGUUUCCUUUUCCACUGUGUGUCUGGCAAUAGAGAUCCUAAUACAGAUGUCAAUCUUUGGCCUGGUAAUGCAAGUGUUUACAUGCGGUAUAAGAGAGAUACAGAGGAAGACCAGUUAUCUCCUUUCACACAAUCAGACAGUGACCCAAGCUGAGCUGCGACGUCACGACACUCAUUCUGCCAACACGGUUCAGCCCAAGUGGAAAACUAACCAGAACCGUUCUUGCUGUUCUUAGAAGCGUUCAACCUGGCCGUGGAAAAGAGGUCAAUGAUGUUGUUCAACCCUCAAUGUUCUUCAAAACAUCUGCAUUUGUAAAGAUACCGGUUUUCAAUCUGUAUACCACAUAAGAGCACAGAUGCUUCCGUUUUCUGUAUUUCUUUACAGGUUUGAAGUCUUUGGCUACAAGCGAGCGGACAAUAGUGGACGCCGUGUGGAGGUCUAGCCUAUCUGUGGCUUUUAGGAGUGAUACAUGUUAAUACAAACGAAACAAAGUAUGUUCAUGAAUUAGUACUGUGGCGUGAUGAGGAAAGAAAACGUGUUUGUCAUUUUUGUUGUAGUGCAACUUUAGUGUCCGUAUGUUACUAAUUCAACAAAGCCGUAUUAAAAAGAUUUGUCCCAGUUGUAA